AUGAGUUGGUGCAGGAUUAAUAAUAUUGCUGUGAUGGUGCUUUUGAUAAUGGCUUAUUGUAACGUGAAAUACUGCGAGGCUGAGCUUUCUCCAGAUUUCUACAGCAAUUCUUGUCCCGCGGCUCUCUCUACCAUACAGAAGGCUGUAAGCAAAGCCAUCGCUAAGGAGCGCCGCAUGGCUGCCUCUCUCAUACGCCUCCAUUUCCAUGACUGCUUUGUUCAGGGCUGUGAUGGGUCUAUCUUGCUGGAGGACUCUGCAACUAUAAUCAGCGAGCAAAAUGCUCUUCAGAACUUCAAAUCUGUGAGAGGCUUCAAUGUUGUGGAAGAUAUCAAAUCGGCUGUGGAGCAGGCUUGCCCUGGCGUUGUCUCUUGUGCUGAUAUUCUAGCUGUUGCUGCUCGCGAUGCCUCCAAAUAUGUGGGAGGUCCGAGUUGGGCUGUGAAGCUUGGAAGGAGAGAUUCAAAGACUGCAAGCAAGGAUUUGGCUGAGGCUAACCUUCCCAUAGCUUUUGAUGAUCUGGAAGCUCUACUGUCAUCCUUCGCAAGGCAAGGUCUCAGUGCUCGCGACAUGGUUGCACUGUCAGGAGCUCACACGAUAGGGAUGGCUCAGUGUAUUACUUUCAGGAGUCGGAUCUACAAUGACACCAACGUUGAUGCAGGCUUUGCUAGCACAAGAAGACGCUCUUGCCCACCUUUAACUGGCAAUGGCGAUGGCAACUUGGCUCCACUUGAUCUUGUCACGCCCAGCUCUUUCGACAAUAACUACUUCAAGAACCUGUUGAGAAGGAAAGGUCUCCUUCAUUCUGAUCAAGCUCUGUUUAAUGGAGGCUCGUCAGCAACAGAUGGUUUUGUUUCAGGUUAUGCUCGUAAUCAGGCUUCGUUUUACUCGGAUUUUUCUGCAGCUAUGGUGAAGAUGGGAGAUAUCAGCCCACUUACGGGGUCUGAUGGGGAGAUUAGAAAAAUUUGUGGUGCCAUCAACUAG